AUGGCUGCGGCCGAAGUUUUGGCGUUAACAGAAAGCUGGGGAGGAAGCGGACACGACUGCUCUCGAGCAUCAGAAACCUCAAAGACUGUCUGGGAUAAGAAGUCAUUGCGGAUUCAAUUGACAUGUAUUUCCUUUGCAUGGAUGAAUAGCAGGAACUGUUCUUUGGCUUCAAGUUUGAAACAAUAUCCAGGCGGUCGGCCACUUUUAGUACCAUCCUUUUGGUCAAGAAGGUCUAACGGGCUGCCGUCUGAUUCUCCAUCCUUUGAUUCCGGAUUUGAUAUAUGCGAUCCUGACGAGUCAUCCCGCCUAGCUCGCUCACGAAACCCGGUUUACGACCAUCAUCUUCCUUUACAAAAACCGGACGAAAGUGCACAGAAACAAGGCAGAUCUGAAAAUGAUCUAUUAUCAGACCCGGUCCUAGACGUCACUGUGGACUUUGACUCUCGGCAUGGCAUUAUCGAGGCUAAAAAGAGGAAGCCCAGCGCCCAGAAAGCUGCUGCUCCAGCAAAAGCGUUUGAAGAUAACAACGGUGGCGAUAAGAAGGGGGACGGCGAAGAAAAUAACAAUGGCAGUGGAGACCAAGGCGGUGGAGAUUGCGGGAGUGGUGGCACUGCAGGUGGUGGUGGUGAUGGUUCUGGGGAUGGCAAUGGAGAUGAAGAAAAGGACAAGGACAAUGACAAGGGCAAGGACGCGCCCGGCGACGCGAAGGAGGAGGAGCCCCUGGAUGAUUUCAUGCCGGCCAAAUCCAAGAAGAAGAAGGGAAAGAACAACGCCGACGCCGAAGCAGAGGCGGCGUCGGCGACUCCUGCCAUAGGCUUUGGAGCAGAGUCUUUCCAAGAAAUCAAACUUGGCGACGAUUCUGGAGGCAAAUUGGACAUCAAUUUUGGCUCUACUGACACAAAAGACAAUUUUGGAGCAUGGGGCACAAAAUGGAAUACAGGCGGCAGUAAUUGGGAUUGGUCUGGCACAGGCGGCGGCGACGCCGGAGCUGCGACCGCCGACAAAAAGAACGAGCUUGACCCUAAUCCGUGGAAUAACAAAGGCACAAAAGCCAAAAAUGGCAAAACUACGUUUUCUUUUGGGUCCAUGGAUAAACCCGAGGCUGAAACGGGCGAGCAAGGCACACCUGAGCCCAAAGACGACGAUCUCGGCUUUGCAGUCGCCGGCGCUGGCAAAAAAAAUAAGAAAAAGAAGGGGACCAGCAUUUGGGGCCCAGUUUCUAAUGAAGAGCCAAAGGACGCGGUAGACGACGCUGAUGCUGGCACACCAUCGGAUCCUUGGGGCUGGACGUCCACCAAAACAAAAGCAAAGAAAGAAGAGCCCGAGCCCGAAGCGGAACCGGAACCGGAAAUGGAAUCAACUUCUCCCGCACCAGCGGCGGAUGACUGGAUGGCUUCUCUUUCGAAAGGCAAGAAAAAGAAGAAAGGAGCUGCCGCUGCUCUUGUUGAAGAAGAGCCCCCCAAGCCAAAUCCCGAACCCUCAAAGAAAGAUGACGCUGGUGAUAUCUGGGACACCUGGGGUACCGGGAAGAAGGACAAGAAGAAAAAGAAUGAAGAAGCACCAGUUCCGCCGCCUGAGCCAGAACCUACGGCUGAUGCUGAUGUCUGGGGCGCUACAGCUACCAAAAAGGGCAAGAAGAAAGGUAAAGCAGCCGUCGAACCAGAGCCGGAGCCGGAGCCUGCUAAGGAACCUGACCCGGAACCUGAAGCUGAACCCGAGUCUGCAAAGAAGGAUGAAGAUAGCUGGGGUAUCGCGACGGCCAAGUCUAGCAAAAAAGAUAAAAAGAAGAAGAAGGCCACGAUGUGGGAUGAUGCCGAGCCAGAUGCGGCGGCCGCCGUGCCUGAGCCUCCGCCAGAGGAGCCCCCAAACGACAAGGAAGAAACCGACGAUAUCUGGGGCGUGACUGGCAGCUCGAAGAAAAAGAAAAAGAAGGGCAAGGGCUCAGACCCAGACCCAGACCCCGAGCCCGAGCCUGAGCUCGAGCCUGAGCCUGAGCCUGAGUUCGAAUCCAUACCUGAACCUGAGUCAGAGAAGAAGAAAACUGAAGACGUCUGGGGUGCAGUCUCCUCCUCGAAAAAGGAUAAAAAGAAGAAGAAGAAAGGGGCGACUGAGGAGACCAUCAUAACAGAACCAGAGCCUGAGACGGAACCGGCGCCGGAAGCUGAGGCAGAAAAGAAGUCAGAUGACAAUUUUUGGGACAGCCUGUCUAAAAAAGAGCAGAAGAAGAAGAAGAAGGGUGCUGUCGAGGAGCUGAAAGAGGCCGCUCCCGUAGAGUCAGAGCAACCUGUCGACGAUGGAUGGGGCGCUUGGGGCGGGAGUUCCAAAAAAGACAAGAAGGAAGACCUCAAGGAAACCCCCAUGAAGGAUGACAUUUGGGGCUUCGGAUCUAGCUCUAAAUCAGACAAGAAGAAAAAGAAGGGUGCUACCGAUAUGGGCGACACGGACAAAACGGCCUCCAACGAAGAACCCUCCAAGGGUGCUGCGGAAGCGAUUGGCGAUGAAGAUUUCUUUAGCUCCUGGGGGACCGGCAAAAAAGAAAAGAAGAAAAAAGGAUCCGAUGACGCAUCUUUGAAGCCCGACAGCAUCGAGGAACCCAUGGACGACGCCUGGGGCGCCAUCUCCAAAAAGGACACAAAAAAGAAGGGCAAAACGAAAGACGAUCCCGUGGAAGUUAAGGAAGACACAACUGGUGAGACAGUCCAACCCGAUGCGGUAGAGGAGACCAAGGACAGCAAGGUUGAUGAUGAUGGCGACUGGGCCUGGUCAUCAUCUACCAAAAAAAUAUCAAAAUCAUGCAAGGAUACCUGCAAGGAUACCUUGGCUGACCCCCCCCCUCCCGCGCCCACCCCCCCUUCCAUGGACUUUACUGAACCUGAAGAUCAAACAGGACAAGCCGAUACCGAUUCAUGGGGUGACUUGACUACGUCUAAAUCGAAGUCUAAAUCCAAAGACAAAGAAGCAGAGAAGGAAAAGGGCAAGUCGAAGAUAGAAAAGGAACCAAAGCUGAGUGAGAAGGAACUUAAGAAACUUGAGAAGGAAAAGAAGAAGGCCGAGAAAGCCGAAAAGGAACGUCUGGAGCAAGAAGUUAAGGAGGCUGCUGAACGGGAGGCUGAAGAACUUGCGGCUAAGGAGGCAGAAGAGAGUGCAAGGCUCGAAAGGGAAGAAAAUGCUCGAAUCGCCUCAGAAGAAGCUGCAAUUGUCCAAGAGGAGGAAGAGCUUGCCUCUCUAGAGAAGAAGAAAGCGAGUAAAGGCAAGCUAAGCAAGAAGGACACGGAGAGGUACAAUCGCUUGAAAGAGAAGAUUGACAGGCGAGCAGAGGAAAAGGCUACCCAGGACGCUGAAGAACAGGCGGCAAAGGAGGCAGAGGAACGGGCCGCAAAGGAAGCUGAAGAUCAGGCUGCACGGGAAGCGGAGGAUGAUUGCGCGAGAGAAGCCGAGGAAGCUGCCAAGAAGUCCUCCAAGAAGAGCUCCAAAACGAAGGAGACGGACAAGAAAAAGGACAAGAAAUCCUCCAAAGGGCCGGAACCAGAGCCAGAGCCGGAACCCGAGUUGAAGCCGGAGGAGGUGGAAGAGCUUCUGUCUCCAAAGGUAACGAAUGAUGCCUUCAGUUUCUGGGGGGUAGCCGGGUCCAAGAAAUCUAAGAAAGUUGUAGAAGACGCGGCCAAUGGCAAAGCUACGACCUCAGCGACUGAGGCUAUUUCAAAAGGGGCGCCGUCGCGAAAAGCUCUUGGUGGAAAGAUUGCAGACAAGCUCAAGACGUUCGAAGCUGCACAAGAAGAGCCCCUGGCAGAUCCUGUUCCUCGUCCUCCAUCCGCGCCGCCAACCCCCCCCAAGCAAGAGUCGAGCUCCAAGUCCAAGAAAAAAUCCAGGGAGACAGAAGAGGCUGAACAUCAGAGUUCGUCUUCAAAGAAGAGUCACAAGUCUUCCGAAUUGCCUGGAAGCUUCCCAGCUGACGAUGACGAAGAUGACAUAGUUGCAAUCGUCGACGUGGCGCCAAAAGACAAGUCAAAGAAGAGCAAAAAGAGCAAGGCAAAAGACGAAGCGACGCCUCGGCCCCCGCCCCCGCCCCCGCCUGUACCUGAUGCUCUUUUGACUCCUCCAUCCGAACCGAAAUCAUUCAAAAAAGAUCGACACAAGAUCAAUGGCGACGGUGUUUCGUGGGCAAAGUGGAGCGCGGCGCCAGCAACAAUGCAAAAGGAGGAAAUAAAAGAGGAUAGAAAGGCAUCCUCGUCUUCGAAAUCCAAGUCUGACAAACCAUCCAAACGUCCCUUUGAUAAGGCCUCACCCAAGGACUCCGGCUCAGACAAGCCAGAUCGCGCAGAAAGGUCAGACAAGUCGACUAGCAAGGUGCGCAUGCCUGCCAUGUUCAGCACGCCACCUAUCUCUAGGUCCAUGUCCACAAGAGAUAAAGAGAGACGCGCAAGCACCAGCGGAAGGCCAUCCUCGCGCAGGCAUUCUGUGGAUGCCCACGGUCUGGCGUCGGCCCCGCCAGAGAAUGUAACCGAUAUGUCAUCAAAGGCUGCCAAGGUAUUGGGCAUUGAUAAGUCAAGCAGCAAGAAGAGGUCUCGAAGACGUCCUGAAGGCGAUGAUUUCGUUAUGACUGGAGCUCUGGACGUCGAUGCAAGUGCGGCAAAACGCGGCAAACCCCGAUCUAGGAGGUUACCAGAGGACGAUGCGGUUAUGGUUGAUCCCGGCGUCCCAUCUGACGCCUCAUUGAAGCGAGGGGCGUCAGUAUCCAAGAAGUACGGAUUUGCUAGUUUUUUCGGCGGAUUAAUGACUCCGAAAUCAGCGAGGAUGGAUGCCAGCGCCGAGGCCGAAGCAGAAGUGGGCGAAACGGCACGCGACGCUCGUACUUCGGCCCGCAAGUCGCGACGGAACGAGAGAGAACACAAUGACAAAGCAAGUGACGAGCCUCGACGUGAAAGACGAAGGAAGCGUGAAGAAGACACCGAGCUUCGUAAAGGCGACGAUAGGGAUGCUAGAAGAGCUGAACGCCGCGCCGCACGCCGUGAAGCAGACGAGCAGCGUGUCCAGGAAGAGCGAGAGGCUAGGAGAGCCGAGCGGCGCCGUAUGCGCAAAGAAAGUGAAGCCGCUGCCCCUGCGGCAGAGAGAGAUGCCCAUGAAGCACGAAGGAGCUCUAAGAAAGACCGCCUCCGCUCUGAACAUGUUGAUGCAACAGCGGAAGACAACCUUGAGCGUCAACGUAGACGAGAACGUCGUGCCGCCCGUGCUGCUGCCGAGGGACUUGACGGCUAUAAAAGGAAGAGUAGUCGACGACACGUCGAGGCAUCCGGCGACGAACAGACAUAUCCGCGCAAGGACCGCAGACAAGAGAACAACAAAAAAGGCACAGCCUGGCCACACUCUGGAACGUCGUCCUGGGUAAAGGAGCACUCGGACGCGCCGCCACCACCCGAUGACAGUAACCCAACUGAUGAAGACAGAGCCCGGCGUGAAGCCCGGGGCGCUCGACACAGGACUAGACUCGGUGACAUGGCGGCUAAUGAGAUGGAUGACCGACGUCGACGUCGCGCAAGGCGCGAAGGACGAGAGCGAGACAGGCGUGUCACUGGCUCGGAAGGCAGUGACGAGCGACAAGACAGCCGAAGGGAUCCGGUUUUGGUUGACUCUACCCCUCGAACAAGUUGGUGGAGGAAGUUCACUGGAUAG